GAGAUCUACAUAGUCUGAACCAAGCACAAUCUAUUGAUAUCUUAUUGUGCAAUAUUUUGCAUUUGUUUCUGUAACGGAAUGCCUUGUCUGUAAAGUGUGCAUAUGCAAAGAUUCAAUUCGCUCUGCACUCAUUCUAAACAAGGCACUCAUUCUAAAAAGUAUGCAAAGGUUUAAUUUCAGUUUUUUGGAGUGGAACCUAGUUCGCCUCUAGACUUCAACUGCCCGGCUACUAGGCUCAAUGAUGUUAAGGUUUCCUCUACCAGUGGUAGGAGAAAUGACGACGGAUGCUUCAUAUUCAUAUAUCCGGCGGUGGCUUAUCUGGCUCCGUGUACUACACUAUCUGUGAUGUGCCCACUAGGCUGACAUCGUGAUUAUUAAGUUUAUCAUUGUCGAUUAAGAUGAAAUUGUACUGUUUGUCAGGGCACCCAACCCUCCCUUGCAAUGUCCUCAAAUUCAAAUCCACUACCAUUAUGUUGGACUGUGGGCUGGACACUACUUCUGUCCUUCAGUUUCUACCACUGCCUCUGGUGCACAGCCCAAGGCUUUCCAAGCUCCCUGGAUGGGUGUCAAAAGAUGGCACAAUAAACCUUGAAAAGGAGCUGAAAGAAUGUGCUGGUCGCGUCUUUGUGGAUUCUCAGCCAGAGUUCUGUCUCCCAGAGAGAGAGCUGCUGGACCUUUCCACCAUAGACGUCAUCCUGAUCUCCAACUACCACUGUAUGAUGGCCCUGCCUUACAUCACUGAGCACACCGGCUUCACAGGGAGUGUGUACGCCACAGAACCCACGCUGCAAAUUGGCAGACUUCUGAUGGAGGAGCUUGUAAACUUCAUGGAGAGAGUUCCCAAGGCCCAGUCUGCUACCUGCUGGAAGAAUAAGGAAAUACAAAGGGUGCUCCCUGGGCCACUGAAGGAUGCUGUAGAAGUGUUGACUUGGAAGACCUGCUAUAGCAUCCAAGAUGUUAACUCAGCUCUCAGUAAGGUGCAACUCGUGGGCUACUCACAGAAAGUGGAGCUGUUUGGCGCAGUGCAGGUCACACCCCUGAGCUCUGGCUAUUCAUUGGGUAGCUCUAACUGGAUCAUCCAAUCACAUUAUGAGAAGGUUUCCUAUGUGUCUGGCUCCUCCCUCCUCACCACACAUCCACAGCCCAUGGAUCAAAGCUCCCUGAAGAACAGUGAUGUUCUGAUUCUGACGGGCCUCACACAGAUGCCGACUGCCAACCCAGAUGGCAUGCUGGGGGACUUUUGCAGUAACCUUGCCAUGACGAUACGUGCAGGGGGCAAUGUGCUGGUACCAUGCUAUUCCUCAGGGGUGAUCUAUGAUCUUCUGGAGUGCCUGUACCAGUUCAUAGAGAAUGCCAACUUGGGCUCCACCCCCUUCUACUUUCUCUCGCCAGUCGCCAACAGCUCUCUGGAGUUCUCACAGAUAUUUGCAGAGUGGCUCUGUCACAACAAGCAGUCCAAGGUGUACCUUCCAGAACCUCCUUUCCCUCACGCUGAGCUGAUCCAGACCAACAAGUUGAAGCACUACCCCAGUAUCCAUGGCGACUUCAGCACUGACUUCCGGCAGCCCUGUGUGGUGUUCACCGGACACCCGUCACUUCGCUUCGGAGACGUGGUGCACUUCAUGGAACUGUGGGGCAAAUCCAGCCUCAACACCAUCAUCUUCACUGAACCAGACUUUUCCUACUUGGAUGCAUUAGCCCCGUACCAACCCCUGUCCAUGAAGUGUGUCUACUGCCCUAUUGACACACGCCUCAACUUCCACCAGGUCUCCAAACUGCUCAAGGAGGUCCAGCCCCUCCAUGUGGUGUGUCCGGAGCAGUACACCCAGCCCCCGCCAUCCCAGUCCCACCGCUCAGACCUGAUGCUGGAGCUACAGCCCCCUCCCAUGCCCUACCGCCGCUGCUCUGUGCUUGGCCUGCCCUUCAGGCGCCGCUAUGAACGCAUCCAUCUACUGCCAGAGCUGGCCAAGUCCCUCGUGCCCUCUGAGAUCAAACCUGGCGUCUCCUUAGCAACCGUGUCCGCAGUUCUGCAGUCCAAGGAUAACAAGCAUACGCUGCAGCCAGUUCCCAAGCCCCUUCCACUGCCUCCCAGUAAGAAGAGGAAGCGCGUAGUGGAGGAACCCCCCGAGGUGCUGGCCCCUAAACCCCUGCUCAGUGGAUCUGUCCCCCUGGAAGCUUUCCUGGCUGUGCUACACAAGCACGGCAUCACAGAGGUCAAGGUAGAGGAGACGGCGGAUGGCCACAUCUUGCACCUGCAGGCCGAGGACACUCUGAUCCAACUGGAGGAGGACGGGACGCACAUUGUGUGCGACAACAACGAGCCCCUCCGUACCACUCUCAGGGACCUGGUGCUGCGCUUCCUCAUGAAACUCUGACCUUGACGCCGGAGGAGGCAUUUCAUUCGCCAAUCGCUGACAGACUGACUUUCUACAAAUAAUCUGCCAUUCUAAAUGACUACUUGUUGGUCAUACAGUCUGUCUGCAGUCAUCGACUCAUAUGUGGUCAAGCUCAAACUGUGUACUAAUAGAUUGAUGUGUCUCUGGGCCUCAUCCAUUUUUUUUCCUUUCUUGUAUUUAGUUAGUAGUGCUUUCAAAAUGUUAAUGUUGAAACUGAUGUGUAAAGUUUGUAUUUUGUAAUAAACUACAUUUAUUUUGGAAACUGA